AUUCUUCUAUAUUUACCUAGUACUUUUUCCGGUUCUCCGGUUACUUCUAUAUAUUGUUGUUUUUUUUUAAUUAUUAAUUAAAUUGAAACAAAAUAAUGUUAAUUGUAAUUUAUUAUUAAAUCCUCCAAAUGGAGGGAUAAAGUUUCUUAAGUUUUUUGUAAAUAUUUCACAAUUAACGAAAAGAAAUUGUACACACACGUCAGGAAAAAAAAAUGGCAUUUCGUCUUUUACAAUUUUGUGGUCAAAUAAGUAAAACCAUAAAAAAUGUUCGCAAUUUGGAGCUUCGACAAAUGAACAAUGUAAUUAAAACAACACAAUUAUUAUCACCGCAAUUGCCAAUAAAAUAUCAACAACGAACAACAUCGUUUUUUACAAAAAAAUCUGGCGAAGAAUUAUGGAAAUCAGUGACAAGUGUAAGUAAUGCGGGUAGAAGAAGAGGUCGUGGUAAAAGGGGUUCAAUUUCAAAAUUGAAAAAAAAUUUAAAUUGGGGUCAAAGAAUUGGUAUUGGUAAAAAAAGAAUGUUAUGGCCUGGUUUAACUGGUCCAGUUAUACAAGGAAAGACAUUAAUUCAACAACAACGUUUGCCUGACGAUCCUGAUUUUGAGAAAAAAAUUAUUGACAUGAGAGAGGCGUCGAGUAAAUUUAAAAAAUUAAAAGUUCAUCCCCUUGAACGUGGUUGGACAAGUGCAAAAUUAGGUGGUAAAAAACUUGGACCACCAAGUGCUGCUCGUGAAGAUGAAUCGUUUGAGGGAUUUGAGACAAUUAUCCUUGAGCAUAAAAUAACUGGACACAUGACGGGAAAUAUGGGAAGAGUGAGAACAUUCUCAUGUUUUGUCGUUACUGGAAAUGGAAAUGGUUUAGUUGGCAUUGCUUUGGGAAAAUCAACUGACAAUGCUGCAGCUGUAAGAAAUGCAAAAAAUAGCUCUGGAAAAAAAUUAUUUUACGUUAAUAGAUAUAUGGAACGUACAGUUUUCCACGAUUUCUUUACUCGUUUUGGAAAUUGUAAAAUUUUCGUGAAACAAAAACCGCCAGGCUAUGGUUUAAUUUGUCAUCGUGCAAUUAAAGCAAUUUGUGAAGUGAUUGGAAUCAAGGAUCUUCAUGCAAAAAUUGAAGGCACAACAAAUGUUCAAACAUUGACCAAAGCCUUUUUAAUUGGACUAUUGCGUCAGAAAACACAUCAAAAUUUAGCUGACGAGAAAAAAUUGCAUUUAGUUGAAAUAAAUAAAAAUUUUGACUAUUUUCCAAAUGUUGUUGCAUCGCCAUCAACAAUACGUUCAGAAAAGGAAAUUUCAUCAACUGAAAUAAUGGAUUUUCGUCAAUUUGUUAUGGAUGGAAAAGUAAUAUUACAAAGAAAAAAAUAUCCACCAUUUUAUACGCGUUUAAAAGGUUGGGAAUUACAUUUGAAAAAAAUGGAAAAAUUACGCGAUCAGGACAAUGUGAGAUUACAAUUAAUAGCCGAGUAUGGUGAUAUUAGAAGUUUUUUAUCAGAAAAAUAUCCCGAAGCAGUACCACAAAAUUGGUGUAAAAAGAAAGAGGUCGAACAAGUUGAGGAAGAAGAGUAAAUUUUUUUUGUUAAAAUAUUAUUUUUUAAUUAUAAAACGUUUAGGAAAAUAAAUUUCAAAAAAAUUAGAAA